UUAGGCGUUACAAAAGUAGCUGUGCCAUAGCCAAGCAAUAAAACAUCUCCAUCAACAAGAACGGAUCAUGAAGCAGCCUCACGCACUUCUAGUCGCUAGCCCUGGCUUGGGCCAUCUUAUCCCUGUCCUCGAACUCGGCAACCGUCUCUCCUCCGUCCUCAACGUCCACGUCACCGUUCUUGCAAUCACCUCCGGCACCUCUUCCGUGACAGAAACUGAGACGAUACAUGCAGCUGCGGCUAGAGGGACUUGUGACAUUAUGGAAUUACCCUCGGUCAAGGUAGACCACCUUGUCGAGCCAGAUGCGACAGUGGUCACUAAGAUACUGGCGAAGAUGCGAGUCAUGAAGUCAGAAGUUUGGGAUGCCGUGAAAUCAAUGAAGCAAAAACCGACGGUCAUGAUUGUUGAUUUGUUUGGUACGGGGCUGUUGUCCAUUGUCGAUGUAGGUGUGAUGAAAAAAUACGUGUACAUCCCAUCGCAUGCGUGGUUCUUGGCAUUAAUGGUCUACUUGCCGGUGUUGGAUAAGGUAGUUCAAGGUGAGUAUGUUGAAAUUAAGGAGCCUAUGAAAAUACCAAGUUGUAAACCGAUCGGACCAAAGGAGCUUUUGGACACGAUGUUAGAUCGGUCGGGCCAACCCGAAAAGUAAUUAAGGAGCUUAUUACUUUUUGCACGCUUUAUGUUGUUCUUUAGGUACAUUUGAUUUCGCCUUUUCUAUUUCGAGACAUUUUCUUACACGUUAAGCGAUGAAGAACCUAUGUGCUUACAACAAAAUUAUAGGUGUAUGUUUUUUGUUGAUACACAGUCUAAAAUUAGAGUUA